AUGAAAGACUUGUUUCCUCUUUUUCUAGUGUUUGUAAUAGCUUCACAUUGGUUGUGUUUUAGAUUAGUAGGCGCUAUUGAUUUCAACGUUGCUAAUUAUGGUGCUAAAGGCGAUGGCCUUACUGAUGAUUCAAUUGCUUUUCUAAAAGCAUGGCAAGCCGUGUGUGUCACAACCAGAGGCACUCCAACACUUAUCAUACCCCAACACAAAACAUUCAUGUUGCAACCUUUAUCCUUCCAAGGUCCCUGCAAAUCAACAACCAUUAAUGUUAUGAUUAUGGGAACUAUCAUUGCGCCAAAAAAUCCUAAGAAUUGGAAAUGGGUAAAUAAUGACGAUGAUGAGUCAUGGGUUAAAUUCGAUGGUAUCGAUGGUCUUGUUAUCAAUGGAGGAGGAAAAAUUGAUGGUCAAGGUGCUCCUUGGUGGAGGCAAAGUAAUAGACCAACAGCUCUUCGAUUUCUUAAAUGUGAUAAUCUAAAGCUGAUUGGCCCAUUGACACACAUCAACGGUCCAAAAAAUCACAUAAGCAUAACUUCAUGCAAUGGCGCUUUACUCUCGCGUCUUCAUAUAAUUUCACCAGAGAAUAGUCCAAACACUGAUGGGAUUGAUAUCUCAACAUCAACAAACAUCCAUGUUGAAAAAUCGACCAUCUCAACUGGUGACGAUUGCAUAGCCAUUAAUAGUGGUUCCAAACUCAUCAAUAUAGUUGGUAUUAAAUGUGGAUUUGGUCAUGGCAUUAGUGUUGGAAGCCUUGGAAAAGAUGGGAAAUAUGCUACGGUAGAAGAAGUACACGUGAGAAAUGUCACCUUUAAAGGAACAACCAAUGGGGCUAGAAUCAAGACAUGGGCGGGAGGAUCAGGGUAUGCGAGGAACAUAACUUAUGAAGAUAUUAUACUUAUUGGGGUUAAAAACCCAAUAAUUAUUGAUCAACAUUAUGAUGCAUACAAUAUUUUGAACAAUGCAAGAAAAGUAGACCGUGGAAGCAAGGCAGUAAAAGUUAGUGAUGUUAUUUUUCGAAACAUUCAUGGAACCACAAUUAGUAAGGAUGCAAUUAAACUUGAUUGUGAUGUUAUUGGUUGCACCAACAUUUUACUCGAAGAUAUCAACAUAACUAGUCUUGAUGGAGAGAUACCACAUGCAUCGUGUAAUAAUGCACAAGGGUCGUGCAUCUCGUGCAAUAUAAAUGUCCCGUGUCUUAAGUAG